AUGAAAUCCUCCAGCACACCCAAACCAAAGGUUAUUGAUCACGAUCUGCACCCGACGGGCUGGAGGACAGACAAGGCCGAGGAGCGGUUCAAGCUCUCACUGUUCGACCCCAUCAUCCUUGUCGUCUACUGCCACUUCGCGCUGUACUUCCGGCUGGACCAGGAUGACACAGCGCAGCGGCGGGACGAGGUGGCGGACGUGCUCAAGGAGGGACUGGAGAAGACGUUGAGUCAGGUGCGCCACCUGUGCGGCACUAUCGAGACCGACGCCGCGGGCGGCUUCUCGUUCGUUAAGAAGCGGGAUACCACGGUCCGCUAUGUCGUCAAACACCUAGACAAUCCCGCGCGGUACCCGUCCAUCGACGACCUCGAGGCGGCCGCCUUCUCGUGCCGGUCGCUGGGGCCGGACGCGGCCGCCUUCGCCGUCGAGGGCAUGCCGUACGGCGAGAACCGGCCCGAGUCGAGCCCGUACAACAGUCCCGCCACCAGCGGCUUCCAGCUCAACUUCGUGCGCGGCGGCGCCGUCUUCUCCUCGCACGUCCACCACUGGGCUGCCGACCUCGUCGGCUGGAGCAACUUCGUGCGCCAGCUCGCCGACAACUGCCGCGCCAUCCAGGCCGCCCGCCGAACGGGCGCCCACGGCCAUGUCCGUCCCGCCGUUGACUGGCCGCACUGGGACCCGGCCUGCAUCGAUGUCUCGCGGUUUGUAUGGUCUGCGGCGCCUCAGCAGCUCGUUGACGGACCGCCUGUCGUACCGCCGCAUCCGGACCAUCCCCGCGAGCAACAAGCGCUACUGUUCCACCUGCCCAAGAGCAAGGAGGCAGCCCUAAAGGCGGCUGCACAACCGCCGCAAGACGCCGGCGCGGGCCCCUCGUGGGUCAGUACCUACGACGCCAUGUGCGCGUUCGUGUGGCGGGCGCUGACGCGCGUGCGCUUCCCAUACUACAAGCCCUCGGCGGACGAGACGCGGUGGUUCGGCGAGAGCGUGGACAUGCGAGGGCGGUUCCGUGACCCGACCCCGCCGCCGCCGCGCAUGAUCCGCAACAUGCUCGCGGGAGGGUUCAGUGACACGGCGCCGGGGGUGCCGCUGCCGACGCUGGGGGAGAUCGCGGGGUUGCAGGGGCUGGGUAAUGUGAAGGGUCGUGAGCUGUGGCGGCUGGCGCGCUACGUGCGCCGGCUCACCGACAGCGUGACGCAGGCGAGCGUCGAGCAGGUUCUUGGUUAUAUUGCUACGCUGCGCGACCAGCAGUCGGUCAGCUUCAACCUGGCCUCCAAGCCGCCCAUGAGCUUCUUCGUCACCGACCACCGCCCCGCCGACGUGACGGGCUGCGACUUUGGCUUCGGCCGCCCGCUCGCCCACCGCUUCCUCACCGGCAGCUCCGUCUCGCCCAACAUGAUCCUGGUCUACCCGCCGGCGCGGUCCGAGAAGAGCACGGGCGGCGGCGGCGGCAGAGGCGGCGAUGAAGGCACCAUCUGGUCCAUAACGGUUGAGAAGGAUCUUGUGUCGCGUCUGCUGGCGGACCCCGAGUGGUGCGAGUACUUUGAGUACAAGGGAGUCGACUGA